AUGGCGGCGCGUGGCGGUUUUCAGCAAGCGGCAUCUGGAGGCGGCGGAGGCGGCGGAGGUGGCGGGAUGGGACCAGGACCUCCGGUACCAGGUGGAGGAGGACCAGGAAUGGCUCCUGGAACGCCUGCAGGAAGGAUGGGACCCGCGGGGCCGCAGAAUCCAAUGUAUCGUUCUCCGAUACCUGGGCCUGGAUACCCGAGACCUGGGAUGCCCCCGGCAAACCGGAUGACUCCUCAAGGCCCACCCAUGGGUCCUCCAGGCUACGGCGCUAGUCCAGUACCUCGCCCUGGAAUGCCAGUCAUGGACCCGUCUCGCAAGAGGCCUGCACCACCUCAGAUCCCACAGCAGGUCCAACAGCAACAGAACCGCAACCAACAUGCCAAGAAGAAGAAGAUGGCUGAUAAAAUUCUACCUCAGAGAAUCAGAGAGCUAGUCCCAGAGUCUCAGGCUUACAUGGAUCUGCUGGCCUUCGAGAGGAAGCUGGAUCAAACCAUCAUGCGCAAGAGACUCGAUAUCCAGGAGGCACUGAAGAGACCCAUCAAGCAAAAACGAAAGCUGCGAAUUUUUAUCUCCAACACUUUCAACCCUGCCAAGCCUGACGCCGAGGAUGGUGAGGGAACCGUAGCAUCGUGGGAGCUGCGAGUCGAAGGCCGGCUGCUCGAGGACACUGCUGUAUCUAAAUACGAGGCCACCAAGCAGAAGCGGAAGUUUUCCUCUUUCUUCAAGUCUUUAGUGAUUGAACUGGACAAAGACUUGUAUGGGCCUGACAAUCAUUUGGUAGAGUGGCACAGAACACCCACUACUCAGGAGACUGACGGCUUCCAGGUGAAAAGGCCCGGAGACGUGGGAGUGCGCUGUACUGUCCUCCUCAUGCUCGACUACCAGCCUCCUCAGUUUAAGCUGGACCCCAGACUGGCUCGCAUGCUGGGCAUCCAUACCCAGACCAGACCAGUCAUCAUCCAGGCUCUGUGGCAGUACGUGAAGACGCACAAACUGCAGGACCCACAUGAGCGCGAGUUCAUCAACUGCGACAAAUACCUCCAGCAGAUCUUUGAGACUCAGAGGAUGAAAUUUUCUGAGAUUCCGCAGCGGCUGCAUGCUCUGCUGAUGCCUCCCGAACCGAUCAUCAUUAACCAUGUCAUAAGCGUGGACCCGAAUGACCAGAAGAAGACGGCCUGUUAUGAUAUUGACGUUGAAGUGGAUGAUACCCUCAAGACCCAGAUGAACUCUUUUCUGCUGUCCACUGCCAGUCAGCAGGAGAUUGCAGGCUUGGAUAACAAGAUUCACGAGACCAUUGAGACCAUCAAUCAGCUGAAGACUCAGAGGGAGUUCAUGCUGAGCUUUGCCCGUGAUCCUCAGGGCUUUAUCAAUGACUGGCUGCAGUCCCAGUGCAGGGACCUCAAGACCAUGACCGACGUGGUAGGAAACCCCGAAGAAGAGAGAAGAGCCGAGUUUUAUUUCCAGCCCUGGGCUCAAGAGGCUGUAUGUCGCUACUUCUACUCCAAGGUCCAGCAGAGGAGACAGGAGCUGGAGCAAGCACUGGGCAUCAGGAAUACAUAAGCAGGAAGGGACACCUAAGGGAACAGAAGAGGCUGUCUGCUGUCUUUGGUUCCUUAUCAAUGACACUAAACUACAGUUUGUUUAACCACACUCCUGCUGUGGCUGGUAUGAGACGGCGUUCAGUGUUACUCCUUCUAAACCAGAAAGAUCUCACAUGCUUUGGUUCCCUGAAAACCGAAAUGUCUCGUCUCCUACUCUGUUCCUUGUCCUGUUGUUAUCUAGGGGGAGGGGUAAUAGAUGCUUCUCCCUUUUUAACGUGUUCCAGCUAGAGUCAAAUGUCGUUACUGCAGUGGCUGUGAAAAUCUUUCAGCCAAAUUCUUUAUAGGCUACUAAUAGAAGUAAGUAAGCUUCAAUGGUAUUUAGUUAUUCUGAUAGGAUGCAUGUAAAACUUUAACGCCCGAGCGUGUUUAGGUACCGAAGGAGACUCAAGGCCUUGAUCGCUUGACUUGGAUAAGACGACGAUACUUUUCAUAACCCACAAUAGAUAUUUAAUAGUCACUAGUGUAAGUGCAGUCUCUUAUGUGCAAUGAUGCCACAGAGCACCAAGAAGACAUUCUUGUUGUCCAAGAUGGCUGCCCCAUGACGUUACAGCGUUCAGCUACAAUUUUGUAUAUUUUUAAUACAGUGUCCUGAACUACACUGGCAAGAUCACUGACGAACUGGAUGUUGUUUGAGGCAGAUAUUUACAGAACGAUUUUGAGAUGGAUCUCUAUUACUUUAGCCUUGUUCCUCCAGUGCAAAAACAAUUAGAAGCAAUUUUCAGACACAAACUAUGUCUCGGCUGUUCAACCAUGUAUUUUGUUUUGUUUUUUCUUUCCAACUUAUCUGUUUAAAUAGCUCAGUAAUUAGACCGACUUUUUCAGUAUUGUUUGAAUUGUUGUUUUCACCAGCUCUAACAAUGACUAUAUGUUAUGGCAGUGUCUCUUAAAGUGCUAAACAGCUCGACGACCAACAAAGCUGAUUGAUCAUUCUCGGUUUCUCAUGAGCGUACCACACAUGAGGUUUAAUCAUCUUGGCUUUGUGACUUCCAGGAUUUAUGUUACGAGUUCAGUAAUUAGCCUCCAUUCUGAGAUAUUUAAACGUCUCCUGACUGACAAUACUCCGUUACUGCAUCAUGUUGAGUUGAUUUCUUUUUUUUUAUAAUAUACACACACACACACACACACACACACACAAGAAAUUCCUUUUGUAAACGGUGCUGCAUAGAUUGUAGUGGAUUCCAAACUGUGGUUGACGUAAAGGAUAAAUCGAUGAUGUGUUGUGGGGCCACUUUUACUUUGUUUUUUUUCCUUUGGCAAAUGGUAGAUAUUUGUCUUUUGAUAUUUUUAUCAUUAUAUGGACUAUAUGAAUAUUAGUUAGGUUUAGAUUCAUAUUACAGAAGUAGUGUAGUACGUCGGCUCUACAAAGCCGCGAAAUGGUGAGCAGAUGCUUAGAACUAGUCGACUGGCUUUAAAAUCGAUAUGACUGUCACCGUCAUGCUCAGGUAUUUUCUCCACCAUGAACAUCUUUAAGCAAGUUCUUACCAUUUCACUGGCCGUCAAAUGAAUACUUCAGUUCCGUACACUCACACUUUCAUGAAGGACACACUAAGAGCCAUGAUUGUAGCGGGCUUGAGUUGCCAAAUUUUCUGAAAGUCGAAGAAAUAGUCAUUUGCUUAAGAUUUUCCAAACUGUCAAUAUUUAAUCUUGUGUGCAUCAUUUCAUUUCCUCAUUACAAAAAAGUGUAAGGUUUUUUUUGGGUUUUUUUCCCCUUUUAUGGACCAAACUUGUUUGAAUGUGUCAGCCUUAUAAUAAAGAUGAACUUAUA